AGAUUGAAGCAGAGGAUGUGAACAGCCCAGAAGAUGUGGACAGCCUAGAAGAUGUGGACAGCCCAGAAGAUGUGGACAGCCCAGGAAAUGUGGACAGCCCAGAAAAUGUGGACAGCCCAGAAGGUUCCCCCCUGCCUCUCAGCUGGCCCCCCUGGCAGGACCAUCAAUCAGACAUGACCAAAAAGGAGCCAGAUGUGGCCCCCGCAAGUCCUAAGGUUGAAGCUGGGGAGAGCUCUCCAAGGCUGGGGUGUAAGGCUGGCCCCAGCUCGGAGGACACUGGAAACACCAGCCUCAUGGAUCUGGGGUGGGGUCAGGCUAGAGGCUGGGUGGCCUUUAGCAAAGCAGCCAAUGGAAACAAGCCUUCAGAACCUUCUGAGGUCAACCCAGCUGUGGAACUCAGCUUGGCCAGGUCCUGGAGCAGUGGGACUGUGAGUUUCGGCCACCCUAGUGACAGCCUUGAAUCUACCUGGGAAGGAGAGACUGAUGUCCCCGCACCCACUGCCCUGACAGAAAUCCUGCCACGGAGCCCCAGCCCCCACCUCCUACACUCAGAUGACAGAAUUGGAGAUGGUGUUGCCCAGGCGAUACCCACGGAAUUCCAGGGCACCUCAGCUCUGCCAGCCCAGAGCCCCCAGCGCGAUGCAGGUAGAUGGAGGACAGAGCCUACCAGCCUGCCCAGCUCGCAGCUCAAGGACCAAACCUGGAAGCGGACAAAGACAUCACCUAAGCCACUGCCCUCCCGAUUCACCGGCUCCAGCAGCCCCCUGAAUCCUCGGCCUAGGCCGGCCCAGGAGAGAUUGCAGCCCAGGCAGGGGGCUACUCUGGCUGGCCGUUCCUCUUCUGAUGCCCCCCAGUAUGGCCGGGGGCGUCUGAACUACCCACUCCCUGAUUUCUCCAAGGUGGGGCCCCGGGUGAGGUUCCCCAAAGAUGAGAGUUACCAACCCCCCAAGUCCAAGAGCCACAGCAGGCAGCCUCAGGGCUCUGCUGGACCUCUGAUCUUCAAGUCACCUGCCGAGAUUGUUCGAGAGGUGCUGCUGAGCCGUGGAGAGGCGUCCCUGGCCAAGGACGCAACCCCUGCCCAUCUCGUCACCAGGGUGCCCCAGGAGUUUCAGACACCUGAACAAGCCACAGAGCUGGUCCAUCAGCUCCAGGAGGACUACCACAAGCUCCUCACCAAGUAUGCCGAGGCCGAGAACACCAUCGACCAGCUGCGCCUCGGGGCCAAGAUCCACCUGUACUCGGACCCGCCCCAGCCUAGCCACAGCACCCACAUGGGGACGGUGCCCCAGGGGACCAAGGUCUUGUCCUUCACCAUCCCCCAGCCCCGCUCAGCAGAGUGGAGGCCCAGCCCCGCCAAGCAGCCCCAAGCCUCGGAGGCCGCAGGGUGGCCCACGGCCCAAGGAGAACUGAGCCCCUCCUCACACCCCAACAUGCCCACCCCAGGGUGGCUUCCAGAGAGCCAGGGCAUUGCCACCGUCCAGCCCUCCGCAGAGUGGACCCACACGCUGGCUUCUCAGGCCAGCCGGCUCCUGGCCAAG